UUCCUCGUCCAGGUCGGAGAAUUUAUUGGCACCUUCCUCUUCCUGUUCUUCGCCUUCGCUGCUACCCAAGUCGCCAACGCAGCAGCCACCGGCUCUACCAAUACGACUAGCAUUGUCCAGGUGCCGAACACUAGCGCCCUUGUCUACAUCUCCCUGGCAUUUGGCUUCAGCUUGGCAGUGAACGCAUGGGUGUUCUUCCGCAUCAGUGGAGGCCUCUUCAAUCCCGCUGUAACUCUCGGAAUGGCAUUGAUCGGAGCCGUGACAUGGGUUCGCGCGGGCCUCAUCUUUGUCGCGCAGAUUCUCGGUGCCAUGGCUUCCGCUGGUGUGGUGUCAGCACUCUUCCCAGGUCCACUCGCAGUGUCGACCACACUUGGAGGGGGCACAUCCAUCACUCGCGGUCUCUUCAUCGAGAUGUUCCUCACCGCCGAGCUCGUCUUCACCAUCUUCAUGCUCGCCGCCGAGAAGCACAAGGGCAGCUUCCUCGCGCCCAUUGGCAUCGGUCUCUCGCUCUUCAUUGCUCACCUUUCUGGUGUCUACUUCACAGGAGCCUCCCUCAACCCAGCGCGAUCUUUCGGACCUUGUGUUGCCCUUCGAAGCUUCCCCGGCUACCACUGGCUGUACUGGGUCGGCCCAGCACUCGGCGCACUCGUCGCAGUAGGCUUUUACCGAUUCGUCAAGAUCUUGGAGUAUGAGACUGCGAACCCCGGACAAGACUUUAAUGAACACGAGGCUGCG